CUGCCGCCGCCGAGAUGAAGAUGUGGAGCUCGGAGCACGUGUUCGGCCACCCGUGGGACACGGUGAUCAAGGCCGCCAUGAGAAAGUACCCGAAUCCGAUGAAUCCCUGUGUGGUGGGCGUGGACGUGCUGGAUCGCGGCGUGGACAGCCGUGGGCGGUUGCACAGCCUGCGCCUGCUCAGUACUGAGUGGGGCCUGCCCAGCCUCGUGCGAGCGAUCUUGGGAACCAGUAGGACUUUGACGUACAUCAAAGAGCAUUCUGUGGUGGAUCCAGUGGCAAAGAAAAUGGAACUUUGUUCCACCAAUAUCACGCUCACAAAUCUGGUGUCUGUUAAUGAGAGGCUGGUGUAUACGCCCCAUCCGGAGAACCCUGACAUGACUGUGCUCACUCAGGAAGCCACCAUCACUGUGAAGGGUAUUAGCCUUGGCAGCUAUCUGGAGAGCUUGAUGGCCAGUACGAUAUCAUCCAAUGCCAAGAAGGGGUGGGCUGCUAUUGAGUGGAUAAUUGAGAACUCUCAGAGUGCUGUGAGCUAACGGCAGCUGCACCAGCCCGUGCGGUACACUGUGGUAACUACGGGGCAGGACGGUAACAAGAUCUCUGUCGCUGGCGUGGGCUGUGGGCCGGGCGGAUGUGCGGGAGCUGCAUGUCAGCCUGCAGCCCUGGCUCCUUGGUGUCUGUCAGGUGAGGUGA